UCGCCCCGCCUCCCGCGACCUCAGCCAUGGCGGUGUGUGAAGCCGUGAGCUGUGGGAGUUCACUGCGUUGGCCUCGCGUGUUACUAUUUGGAGACUCCAUCACCCAGUUUUCUUUUCAGCAGGGUGGAUGGGGAGCAUCACUGGCAGACAAGCUGGUCAGAAAAUGUGAUGUUCUGAAUCGUGGAUUUUCGGGUUACAAUACCAGAUGGGCCAAAAUUAUUCUUCCAAGAUUAAUCAGGAAAGGAAACAGUUUGGACAACCCUAUAACAGUUACAAUUUUCUUUGGUGCCAAUGACAGUGCUUUAAAAGAUGAGAAUCCUAAGCAACACAUCCCACUGGAGGAGUAUGCUGCGAAUUUAAAGAGUAUGGUGCAGUACUUGAAGUCUGUGGACAUCCAUGAGAAUAGAAUUAUCCUCAUUACACCACCUCCCCUUUGUGAAACAGCUUGGGAAAAGGAGUGCAUCUUACAAGGUUGCAAAUUAAAUCGUCUGAACUUGGUUGUUGGUGAAUAUGCAAAGGCCUGUUUACAAGUAGCCCAAGCCUGCGGGACUGAUGUGCUUGACCUGUGGACCCUGAUGCAGGAGGACAGUCAGGACUUCUCAUCCUAUUUAUCUGAUGGACUACAUUUAUCACCAAAGGGAAAUGAAUUUCUCUUCUCACAUCUUUGGCCUUUGUUGGAGAAGAAGAUCUCUUCCCUGCCUUUGCUUCUUCCUUAUUGGCGAGAUGUAGCAGAAGCAAAACCUGAACUAAGUCUUCUGGGAGAUGGCGAUCAUUAGUUCAUCACAGAA